AUGUCAUUUGUCCUGAAUGAGCGCGUCCAACGGCGGAUUCUCCCGGACAAGGUGACCUUAUUUACUAGAGGCAAGGCACCUAUUACCCAGCAGUUGCCCGGAGAAUUAGAUCAUGAGUAUGAAGAGUUCAAGUCCAAGAUCUUGCAUUUGAAAGGAGAUAGGAAAGACUCUGAGUUUGUAAAGUCCAGUCUUGCAACCGAGGGAUUUGAAGUUGUUUACGACAUUAAUGGGCGUGAAGCCAUCGAGGCGGAACCUAUUUUAGAUGCCUUGCCAAACUUAGAACAGUACAUAUACUGCUCAUCAGCUGGAGUAUAUCUCAAAUCAGAUCUGUUGCCUCACUUUGAGUUUGAUGCAGUUGAUCCAAAGAGCAGGCACAAGGGGAAGCUUGAGACAGAGAAUCUAUUGGAUUCAAAGGGAGUGAAUUGGACUUCUCUGAGGCCUGUCUACAUAUAUGGGCCAUUGAACUACAAUCCAGUAGAAGAGUGGUUCUUUCACCGUCUGAAAGCCGGUCGGCCCAUUCCGAUUCCCAACUCUGGCGUUCAAGUCACCCAACUUGGUCAUGUUAAGGAUUUGGCUGAUGCUUUUGUUAAGGUGUUGGGAAAUCCUAAAGCAAGCAAGCAAGUCUACAACAUAUCCGGAUCUAAAUAUGUCACCUUUGAUGGUUUGGCUAAGGCAUGUGCCAAGGCUGCAGGGUAUCCUGAACCAGAAAUUGUUCACUACAACCCCAAAGAACAUGAUUUUGGGAAAAAGAAAGCCUUUCCAUUCAGAGAUCAGCAUUUCUUUGCUUCAAUUGAGAAAGCACAAACUGAGCUGAAUUGGAAGCCAGAAUUUGGGUUAGUUGAGGGCCUUGCAGACUCAUUCAACUCAGAUUUUGGCCUUGGAAAGUACCGCAAAGAAGCUGAUUUCUCCACAGAUGAUAUAAUUCUAGGCAAGUCUCUGGUACUUCAGCCCUAAAUUAUUUUUAUAAAAUAUGAGUUUUAAUUAUUUCUGAAACCAAAAUUUAUAGAAAAUUUGGUAAGUUUGUGAGGUAAAUUAUUGAUUUUUCUGAUUAUUAAUGGUUCAUGAUUUAUGUUCAUUAUGUAUUGUCUGUAUUUUAUGUAGAUGUCAAG